AUGUGGUCUUUACAAGUUUUAAUUUUGGGAGUUACAGUGUUGUUCAGAUGUACGGACUCAGUAGAUCUACCACACUUUGUGGGUCCUGGAUCCAACGUCACCGUUGCGGUGGGGAGAGACGCGGCACUAACAUGUAGAGUCGAUAAUUUACAGGGUUUUAAGGUGGCGUGGCUUCGAGUGGACACACAGACAAUAUUGACUAUAGCUGGUCAUGUGAUAACCAAGAACCAUCGCAUCAGCGUGCAACAUGGGGACGGUGCGUGGACUCUCGGCCUCCGGGACGUGAGUGCGGCUGACGGUGGCAGAUACAUGUGUCAAGUCAACACUGAGCCUAUGAUGAGUCAAACGCAUCUUCUACAAGUUGUCGUCCCACCUGAUAUCGAUGAUGAAGCGAGUAGCGGGGAGGUGCUAGUUAAAGAAGGUGACAACGCAGUACUACGUUGCGUUGCGUCGGGGGUUCCACCCCCAACGGUCACAUGGAGGCGAGAGGACUCUAGACACUUUAAGCUCGACAAUCUGACUUUGGUUUCAAAACACAGCGGAGAGUGGUUAAAUCUCACUGGGAUAGAGCGGGUGACGUCAGGCGCUUAUCUUUGUAUAGCGACAAACGGCGUCCCACCGUCUGUCAGCAAGAGGAUACAAAUAAAUGUCAUGUUCGCACCAACGGUGUGGGCGGGACGUGCGGCUCUGCGCGCACUCGCAGGAACUGCCGUCACUUUGUCUUGUACCGGCGAAGCUUUCCCCGCGCCACAAGUACACUGGAUACUGAAUGGGGAGCAGAGAUUGAUCAAUGGAACUAAGUAUAGACUCAGCAAGACCUCGCGGGGCUACCGGCACACUGCGACCCUACAACUAGGCUCUAUGACUCGAGGCGACGCGGGCGCGUAUCGUUGUGUCUUAGAAAACAGCCUUGGCAAGGCGCAGGCGGAGCUGUUCUUACAUAUGUUAACCACAACAACUACAACCACAACGACUACAACAACAACAACCACGACCACGACAACGCCGCAACCAACAACCACGUUAAUACCUUUUGACGCUGAAAGGCAUCUCGAGCAACUUCACCGCGGGGUGAUGGAAGAUCCAACGCAUGAAAACAACUACAUCGUGCUCAGUCAACACCAAAUGCAGAACCUUGAAAUGGUAACGACGAUG